ACAUGAAAAUAAUCUAAGAAAAAUAUAGGUAAAUCAGCUGUUAUUCGGCUUUAAAAUUCCUGCGGCCACAGGAUCGCGCGACUUGACCGGCAAAUGUUUGGAUUAUUCAAUGUGUUGAAGCAGGCCGUGCGUGUCAGUCAAAAUGAUGGGAAGUGAGAGCGUUGCUGCGUUGUUUAUAUUUUUUGUUGUUUCUUGUAAUGGUUUUCCGGCUGCAGAACAAUAUUGGGACGGAAAGUGGUUCCCCCAUCAGCCAAAUCAGCCAGACGUGAACCCCACAGUAGAAAUUAAAACGGACCAUAAAGCACACAGGGGACACUUAUGGGACCCAAACCAUGGAGUUGUCAUGGGUGUGUCUGACCCUAAUUGUGAUGACGCAAAAACUAAUUUGACAAUUGAUUGGCUGGACAACGCAGAAAAUUAUACUUGUCUGGAAGAUAAACACUUGUUUGCACCAAGUUAUGACAUUAGGCCUGAACUUUCAACCGAUCAUAUUCCACUUAAAUAUAGCGCACCUCAUUACUGUAUGAACGAAGCUAUACCUUAUAACACCAUCAUACCUACAUUUGGACCUCAUAGACCAUUAUGGGCAAAAUAUGGCGAGUAUAAAUUUGUACCAAGACAAAGAUGGAUCCAUAAUUUGGAACAUGGUACCAUUGUAAUGCUGUACCACCCAUGUGCAAAUCAAGAAGAAGUUAAACUACUUAAAUCCAUAGUAAAAUCUUGUCUUUAUAGACAUGUGAUAACCCCCUACAACUUGCUAUCAACAACUAGGCCUUUAGCUCUGGUGACAUGGGGACAACGUUUAGAAAUGUCCAAAGUAGCGACUGAAGUUGCGAUAGACUUUAUUAAAGAACACGCUUUGAAAGGGCCAGAACAAACUUCUCGAGACGGACAGUAUGAUUAUUUGUUGUUGGAACAUGCCGAGGUUCCCGCUGGGUCAAAUAUUAACGAUACAUUGUUGUGCCCCCAAGGUGUUCUUAAGAUGUAACUGAUUAUUUGUGAUUUUGAGUGCCAAACUCUUUUACAUGUUCAAUUAUUAUAAUAUGCUCUACUACAAUUAAAACUAUACAAAAUAUACCUUAAUAAUAUUCUGAA